AUGCCUUCUCUGUGGAAACGGAUAACCUUCUCGGUGGCCUCGGUUCUCUGUGUCGGCUCUGUGGCGCUCUUGGUCGUGGCCCUGUCCACGGAGCGGUGGGUCACCGGACGGAUUCUGUGUAAAACCGGAGCGGAGAUAGUGAACGCGUCCCAUCCGGAGCUGGACCAGUUCAUCGGGGACAUUUAUUACGGCUUGUUCCAGGGAGGAAAGAGCAAGAAGUGCGGGCUCGGGAAGCGGCGCUCCAAAAUAUAUAUUUUCCCAAAGCUCAUACGAACAUUGAACAGUGGCCUUCACAUGAUGGUGAUCCUCUUCUUGCUGGUGGCCAUUGGCUUCGCUCUGGUCAGUCUGUCUUUCUGUAUUUACAACGCACGCAAGGUUCCCUACCAGAGCAUCAAGGGGCACAAAGGACUCUACCUGUGGAACGUCAUUGCUGCUUUUUUCGGUGCCCUGGGUGUUUUGUGUUUCCUGGCAGCUAUGAAGCAGCACAGUCUGACUGAGCGGGUGGCAAACUAUCAGGAGAACCUCUUUGUCCUCGUGGUCCUGGAUGACAGCCUGGACUGGUCCUUCUGGCUGGGUGUAGGCAGCGUUACGACUCACUUUGCCGUCUGUGGAGUGGUCGCCAUGAGCCGGAUCAAGCUGCCCAAACCAGAGAUCAAGAAACCUGAAGAACCCACCAUCUCUGCUCUGGACCUGCUCUACUGA